GGAGUGAGUUGCUGAUUAACAGAGGAACGAGGCAACACUGAAUUCUACGAGGGCUCUCCUGUUCUCAUUCGCUUGCUCUCUGAAGCGCUUUCCUUGCUGUUAUUCAUUUCAGCAGAGUUUAGUAGACCUGUUGUAGUAGUGUAAUAUUAUCAGGGGCAUGCGCGUUGACGUUAAUGCUUGUCAUUCCUGAAGAGUGGACCUGUUGCUGUUGUUCAUCGUGGCUUGUUGUCACUUCCUUAGUUGGGAAAGAAACAAGAGCUGCGACAGGAACACUUUUGCCGACACAAAGACGGUAGCUCUAAAGAACCUGAAUAACGUGACUUGAGUUGAGGCGGAGAGAAAAGCACAGCACAGCACAGCACAGCUGAGGUAUGGCCGCCAUCCGGAAGAAGCUGGUGAUUGUGGGAGAUGGAGCGUGCGGGAAGACUUGUCUCCUCAUCGUCUUCAGUAAAGACCAGUUCCCAGAGGUGUAUGUGCCCACCGUCUUUGAGAACUACAUCGCUGACAUUGAAGUGGACAGCAAGCAGGUGGAGCUGGCGCUGUGGGAUACGGCAGGCCAAGAGGACUACGACAGGCUGAGGCCCCUCUCCUACCCCGACACAGACGUCAUCCUAAUGUGCUUCUCCAUUGACAGCCCCGACAGUUUAGAGAAUAUUCCGGAAAAGUGGACCCCUGAGGUGAAGCACUUCUGCCCCAACGUUCCCAUCAUCCUCGUGGGGAACAAGAAAGACCUGAGGAACGACGAGCACACGCGACGGGAGCUGGCGAAGAUGAAGCAGGAACCAGUGAAGCCCGAGGAGGGCCGUGACAUGGCCAACCGCAUCAGCGCCUUCGGCUACCUGGAGUGUUCGGCCAAGACCAAGGACGGCGUGCGGGACGUGUUUGAGAUGGCCACCAGGGCGGCGCUACAGGUGCGCAAACGCAAGAAGAGGGGUGGAUGCCUCCUGUUGUGAGGAGGGAGGAGGGGGGAAAAUGCAACCCCAUACCCUCUGCUCACCUCCCCAAGCCCCUUACAUAAUAUAUACCCUCCUCUCCACCACAUCCAUGCACCACCAACUGACCAAGAAGAAGUUUUAAAAAGAAAACAAGAAGAAGAAGAAGAAACGUAGGAGUGGUCUUUACCAAACUGCAUCUUUGUACUGUAUCUCACAUUUCACGCCAACCAGAGAAGGACCAUGAGCGCAAGUGCAAGAAAAAAAAAAGUAAAAAGUAAAAAUGUAUUUGUAAAAUAAAAAAAAAAGCAAGGCUAGAUUGGCCUGUAGCACAGAUUAGGUAUUGAAUUUUCCUCUUUUUUUGCCUUGAUUUCUUUCUCUCUGUCUGUCAGCACAAUGGGUCUUUGUGUUUUUAUGUUUGUUACUCGGUGUGCAGUAAGGAAAAGGUAGUUGGUGUGUCUUUAUGUCUGUACUCUGAUCUUUCCUCAUUGUCCUCGUGAAAUAUGGACUUUCCUUCCCACACAGGCCAAAGGACCUCUCCCACCAAUCACCAUCACGCGCUCAGCUGAUCUAAAAACAGCUCAACGUCAUGGAGUUCAGUUGUCGUCAUAUUAUUUCAAUCUCAAGAGUUAAUUAUUAGAAUCAGUGCCUUUUGUGUGCACAUGUUGAAGUAUCUUUUUUUUACUCAAGGAUAUCAGCCUUUUUUUCCCUCAUACUUUUGUUCACGAGUAGUUUAGCUGGGCUUUUUCCUUUUUUUUUCUUCUCCACACAAUAGUGCACUCGGUUGGUGCUGCGGACUGGGGCUCCGCUGGCUCGCCUGCCGAAAAAAGUCAAAUCAGAUCCGAUCUCAUCUCCAGGGUAAAAAAAAAGAAAAACAAAAAAUGUUCCGCUGUUCAGCACAGCCCCCCUCCGAUUCCUUUAUUCGUCUUUGAACUCUGACUGUUUAGCCCCUGGCUCAAAGUGAAGGCCAGGUUGAGGUCUAAUGUUCCCACAGUGAGGAAACCGAGAGCAGUUGGCAGAUAGAUGCAGAGACUGUGUGGAUGACUGAACUUUGCCUGAUUAGCCGUGCCCCGGUCCGAUGCUAGCCGCCUGCUUUCCGCCCCGCCAGUAACCCCUGUGCUGCUGAAGUGCAGUCAGGCAGGGCCUUGAGAGCCGCUCUUGUUCUCAAUCUCAGCCCCUGGCUUAAGUCACAUAAACUACUAUGCAGAGGGGCCAAAUGUCAGCCAUCGCCACUAAACAAGAGUUCAAGUGGCCUCGGAGAGUUCAACUCCUGUGUCACUGUAACUUCACAGGUUCUAAAGAAUGUCCAUAAUUUGGGUUCCAGAGCUGGAUGGGUGAGGUCAGGACUGGUGGGAGCCUGUCCCUUUGGCAUGGGAGCCUUUCUCAAGCCGCCACACACAUGGGCCUUCAAGGCUUGACGGCAGGUCAGCGAGAGCCGCAGGUAGUCAGGUGGUGGUUGCUCAGUGCCUUCCCGAUGUGAUUGACAGGUGACCUGUGUGCCUUCUGUUCCACAGUAGAGACGAGAGACUAUAGAUUCCUAGAUGCUAAAUUAGUACUCCGAUUAAAAUAGGUGCUCAGCAUGUUUGAAAAGUCAGUUGGAAGGGCAUUGCUGUGAAAGUGCAUGCUAUAUAUGAAGUGGCUUUGUAUUGGUUGAGAAUUCACUGAGAGGCAGGUUAUGACUAGAAGCUGAUGAAAAAAAUGUAACAUCUUCGUUUUGCUUUGGAUUCAAUUCCACAAAGUUGAUGAUUGGAUGCAGUUCGAUUCAGUUGAUCGGGAUCAAGAUUGGUAGAGCAAUCAGAGAACAGCCCUUCCCUUAGUGUACACUCUGCCAGUUCUGUCUAGUCACUGUUUCCAUGGUUCGUGUUUGCUCAAAGAUUUAUAACACUAACUACACAAGAAUAUUGCCCCAAGAUUAUACUUCCCAUAAUACAUUGCACGCAGUCAGCAGCAUGUAAUUGACCGCAACAGGUAUUUAGGUUGACCUUAGCUGUUGGUUGUGCUGUGCCGUGUCAUUUGUUGAUGAAUGUGUGCACACUGCAGCAGCAGGCGUGAUUGUAAUGAAUGGGGCCUCCAUAUCUGAUGAAUUGUCCUCCUGCAGCAGUGCGCUCUGUAAUUCACCGCAACCGUAGUGGUCUCUGGAUCAAACUAGGGCCUGAUCCGUCCCCUGGAUCUGACCGCUUCCAGAGCCAGCUAGCAUGUGAGGUCACUGCUCUAGGAUCAGCUAAUGUCUAUGUCUCUUACUCGUGUACUCAUCAAGUCUCCAUGAUAUUUCCUCAUAAAAAAGGCCAAAGGAAUGUGUGAGAGAGAAGUGGGAGAUCCCCUGUGUGUGAUUGAGACGUACAGUGCAGAUAGAAUAGAAGUCGUCUCUCUCUCUCUGUCUAUCCAGUACAUCCAGUUUCAUUCAGCCUUGAGCCCCUGGGGGGUUUCACCUCAUUGGUGUUGAGAGUGCAGGAAUUCUCUCGAGUGCACAAGUCUCCCGGAGUAAAGCGGAUGACAACUCACCAGGAACACUUCUCCUUUUGUUUUCUAUGCCCCCUAUCAGUCGGCAGUGAGGAGCGUUCCCAGGUCCCUGGAGCCAGGCUAAGAGUGUAUUAGAUUACAGUGUUGUUAAAGAAGAGGUGUGUUUGUGUGAACGUGUGAGAGGGAGAGCUCGUCACAUGAUCCCCUCUCACCAGUGGCAUGCGAUCUCUCCAAGAGAUGACGCUGAUUACCGGUAAAGAUGACUAAGGCGUGGGAGUGAGACUUUGUUCUGAGUGGUUGGUUGGCUGGCUGAGUUAGAUUGUCAUUUGUGGAUGCCCUCUGUGGGCUAGGUGAGGUCUGGAUGUACCACUGGUUGUUCUCAGCUCACUGGAAGCUCUUCAUUUGGCAGACUUCUGCCGCUAAAUAAAACUCAACUUCUUUAAUAUACUCAAGAAUGUCCACGUGGAUUGUGGUUUGAUAGUAUCAGAGAACAACAAAAUGCCAGUGUAAUUCAAUUAACUAUUUUUCUGUUGUUUUGUUUUUUUGCGAAUGGGGACUGUGGUUAAGAAGUUUGAACACCAUUUUAUUUUAUGGCAAGGCAUGAUGCGCAAUGUUUCACAGCUUAUUUUGCACGUACACACACACACACACACACACACACUUAAGUAAGAACCAUAUAACACUUCACCCCACAUUUACAACUUGCCAAGGAAUUCUGGGUAGUCAGAAGGGUUAAGUGAGGAGUAAGCACACAGGUGAACAGCACAACAAUGCCACAACAUGUAACCACACAGCAUUACGCCCUCGUACAGCAGAAAAGACCCCACUACAUAUCAGCUUAAAGCAGCGGCUACAUCCCAACUGCAUGGCCAUUGGUUAUUUUACUCUUCUCUAUGCUGGGGGUUUGAACUGGCCCCCCUCAUCAGAAAUGCACUAGCUAUAACCAGACCUGUAAAAUGUCAAUGUCCGCAUGAGCUCAACCUGGCCCUUCAAAGCCUCCAUCUCUACAAGGGGAACAAUUCCUGCUAAGUGUUUUUUGUGUUAUCUUCCUUUUUUUCUGGAAGUAUUAAAAGACAUAAUUAUCCAGAUUUAUACGAAAGCUCAUUGUUAUAAGGCUUUGUAAACAGAACUAGUGUUGUAGUGAAUGUUUUGAUUUAAGUGAAACCAACCAAUGUUAAUAAACUAUUUUUGAGAGAAGAAGAUUCAGCA